CUCGCAGCACUUCAUUGAAUUGAAUUUCAUUUCUGCUCUUCUCUCUCUGUUUGUCCUCCUCAGAUCAGAGUCAGUCCAUAAAAAUGGAUCCCGUGAACGCUUGGGGAAACACACCUCUGAAAGCAGUGGACCCAGAUAUCCACGAUCUAAUCGAGAAGGAGAAGCGUCGUCAAUGCCGUGGCAUCGAGCUCAUCGCUUCCGAGAACUUCACCUCCUUCGCUGUUAUUGAAGCCUUAGGCAGUGCCCUGACCAACAAAUACUCAGAAGGCAUGCCCGGUAACCGAUACUACGGAGGUAACGAAUUCAUCGACGAGAUCGAGAAUCUCUGCCGAUCUCGAGCCCUCCAAACCUACCGUCUCGACCCAACCCAAUGGGGUGUCAAUGUGCAGCCAUAUUCAGGUUCACCAGCUAACUUCGCUGCCUACACCGCUGUGCUUCAACCACAUGAUCGUAUCAUGGGUUUGGAUCUUCCAUCUGGGGGUCAUUUGACACACGGGUAUUACACCUCUGGUGGGAAGAAGAUCUCUGCUACCUCCAUUUACUUCGAGAGUUUGCCUUAUAAAGUGAAUUCCACAACUGGGUAUAUCGAUUAUGAUAAGUUAGAGGAGAAGGCCUUGGAUUUCAGGCCAAGGUUGAUCAUUUGUGGUGGGAGUGCAUAUCCAAGGGACUGGGAUUAUGCUAGGUUCCGUUCUAUUGCUGACAAAUGUGGAGCCCUUUUGCUUUGUGACAUGGCUCACAUUAGUGGUCUUGUUGCUGCUCAGGAAGCUGCAAACCCCUUUGAGUACUGUGACAUAGUGACAACCACAACCCACAAGAGCUUGAGGGGUCCCAGGGCUGGUAUGAUCUUCUACAGGAAGGGGCCAAAGCCAGCCAAGAAGGGCCAGCCAGAGGAUGCAGUUUACGAUUUUGAAGACAAGAUCAACUUUGCUGUCUUCCCAUCCCUUCAGGGUGGUCCUCACAAUCACCAGAUUGGUGCACUUGCUGUUGCUCUAAAACAGGCCAUGACACCUGGCUUCAAGGCCUAUGCCAAACAAGUUAAGGCCAAUGCAGUUGCCCUUGGAAACUACCUCGUGGGCAAGGGAUACAAGCUUGUCACUGGAGGAACUGAGAACCACCUUGUUCUCUGGGAUCUUCGCCCUCUUGGCUUGACUGGCAAUAAGGUUGAGAAGCUCUGUGACUUGUGCAAUAUUACUGUGAACAAGAAUGCCGUGUUUGGUGACAGCAGCGCCUUGGCUCCUGGAGGAGUACGAAUUGGUACCCCGGCCAUGACUUCAAGAGGGUUGGUUGAGAAGGACUUUGAGCAGAUAGGUGAGUUCCUUCACCGAGCUGUUUGUGUCACCUUGAGCAUCCAAAAGGAGCAUGGAAAGCUAUUGAAGGACUUCAACAAGGGCCUGGUGAACAACAAGGACAUUGAAGCCCUCAAGGCCGAUGUUGAGAAGUUUUCAUCCUCCUUUGACAUGCCUGGCUUCCUGAUGUCUGAGAUGAAGUACCAGGAUUAGAAAUAUGGAGCUUAUUCACUGCUAAAACCAUAAGAUUCUGAGUCCUUACAUCAUAAACUCUCUUGGAGUUACCUAAUGUCCACAAAAAAUGUGGUGAAAAGAAAAGCUUUGUUUUGGCAUUUUAUCGUAGGUUAGCUGUUUCAUUUCCAAAGGUUUUUUUUUUUUUUUUGGUCUGUGUUAUGAGAGUUUGAUAUCUAUCCUCUCAAUAACAAGUUGUGCUUUUUAUUUCCAUAUUUUUUAUUUUAGCAAAUCGUGUGCUCUCGUUCGCACUUCUAAUAAACAAUGAAAUUGCAGUUUCUGUA